AUGAAAUCUCUUUUAAAUCUGUUUCUGUUUUUUGGACAUUUAUCAUUUUUAUUAGCGUACAAUAUGGAUGUUGAAAAACCCUUAAUUUAUUUUGGUGUCGCAGGAGACCAGUUUGGAUAUUCCACAGAAAUCUUAUCUAACAACGAAGAAAAGCGGAUUGUGAUCGGUGCACCAGCAACCUCUCUAUUGCCUGAAUCCAACCGUAGUGGACUCCUUUUUUCAUGUCCAGUAGAACCAAUGGAGCCGAAAACAAACUUCUCUGGCUGUGUAAAAGUACAACCUGAAAUGGCAUUAGCAGAGAGAUUUGGUUCCACAAUUCAUAGGUAUGGAGGAUCUGUUGUUGUAUGCUCCCCACUCAGAGGACUUUUCUUAGAUAGAGACGUCACGGCAGGAGGAUGUGACUUAUUCUUUAAAAAUAUGACUUGGCAGGGAUAUCUUAAUAUCAGAGCCGGAAAAGUAAACGACAAGUACCCGGAACAUGCCUCAGGGAUGUAUGGAUUCUCAAUAAUUGCUGAGAAUGACUCGUCAGUCGUACUCGGUGGACCAAAUGCAUGCGGGAAUGAUGGAGGUCUGGCGUUAUUUACCAAUGUAUCAGAGACAGCAGAUUAUCUGUACAGUAGCAAUUGUUCCCGUUUCUUUGGUGGAUAUUAUUAUGGAUAUGCCCUAAAUGUGAUGAAGUACAAAAAUGAGACUCUGUACGUUGUUGGAUCACCUGGUUUUUCCAACAAAAAGGGCGUCAUAGGACUGAUGGAGGUCGUAAAAAUUGUAACUAAAAGUAACAAGCCUUCCCUGGCGCCUCAAAAACAAAUAACUGGGCUUCAGAAUGGAGGAGGAUUUGGACAAUCCCUGAGUGUCAUUGAUGUCAAUGGAGAUGGUUUAGAUGAUAUCAUUGUUGGAGCACCUUUAGAAUACAUAAAUGUGUCCAGUAAAUCCUCUGUAAUAAUUGACGUUGGCAAUGUGUAUGUCUAUCUAGGAUAUAAUGGAACGAUUAUUCAUGACAUCGGGAUACGUAUAACAGGGGACCUUAUAGUAUCAGGACGGUUUGGAUCAGCGGUAGGCAGCAUAGGGGAUAUCAACGACGACUCGUUCCAAGAUGUUGCGGUCGGAGCACCCUUUGAAAACGACAUGAGAGGUGCCAUUUACAUCUUUAAUGGAUGUUUAAAGGGAUGUGUGGAGAAAUGGAAAUAUACGCAAAAGAUUCAUGCUUCAACCAUCAAUAUUAACCUGAGAGGGUUUGGUUUUUAUAUCUCACGGUCACAAGAAGAUAUAGAUAACAACGAGUAUAAGGACUUUGCCGUUGGGUCGUAUAAAUCUGGAAUGGCUGUCGUGUUAAGAUCCCGACCAAUUAUAUCCAUAGAACCUAAAAUUAUCUUCCAACAAAAUCCCGUACCUUUGAAUUCCUCAGGACUGAACUGUUCUAAAGGAAACGACUAUCCUUGUCUGGAUAUAAAAGUUUGUUUCAAUCUCACAGGGAAAGGAAUUCAGUCAGUCACCUAUGUCAAUUUCACUCUUUGGGGUGACGUAUCAAUGACCAAUAAAAGGAUUAAUAUGGAUGGAAAUGAAAGCAGUGUUGAUAUCUCGGAUUUCAUGGUAUACGGAAAUAAAUCGUCCUGCAAAACUUUACAAGCAGUCGUAUCGAAAAUUGGAAUGUCUUUCUUUAAAUCCAUAAUUGAACCCCUAGAGUUCAAGGUCAAUCUUUCUCUGAGUGGAAGAACACCAGAAUUUGAUGUUUUGCCGAUUUUGAGAAAAGGUUCCGUGACUUCUCACCAAAACAAUGUAACGUUCAGAACAUCAUGUGCACAAAAUGAAAAAUGUCAGCCAAAGUUUUCUGGAAAUGCUGAAAUCAAUGAUCAUAAGGACAAUGGAGAAUUUGAGACCUUUAAAAUGGAUUUCAUUCUUAGAAACCAUGGUGACCCAGCCAGUGCAACUACGAUAGAAAUUCUGAAAACUAAAAAAGCAGUGUAUUCUGGUCUUGUGAUAUCUGUACAUUCAGAAAAGGUUAUUUGCAAGGAAACUAACUCAACCAUAAUUCUAUGCAAUGUCACAACUGAUCCGUUCUAUCAACAUAUGCUGGUACAAAUCAGUCUAGAUUUCAAAAUUGAUCCACAAAACAAUGAUGCUACAGGUUAUGUUGAUUUUAAUAUCUCGGUGCAGUAUGUUCCAAGCGGUCGGAGUACUAGAGAAAGAUCUAAUAUUACAUACGAAGUGCUGAAGCAGCUGGCUGUUGUAUCAGUCGGUGGUGAACCUAGUCAGGAUCAGAGAGAAAUGGACACGAAUUCAGAGAUGAUGAUUCAUGAAGAAACUUUUCGUGUUUAUAAUAGAGGACCAAGUACAGUUGAUGGUUUAAUUCUACAGAUAGGUGUACCAUGGUCUAUUGCUGGUGUACAGAUCUUAAGUAAACUUGACUACGAUAAAGGUAUUUGUAAUCUCACAACAAAUGCUGAUAUGUUCGUCAAAGACAAAGAGGUGAAAUCAAAGGUUCAACCUGAUGCAAAACCCCAAGUGGAUACUAAGCAAAAUAGUUUAUUUAUUAAUUGUUCCCAAAAAGAUGUAAAGUGCCAUCUCCUCCAGUGUAAAAUAAAGAAACUUGCACGAGACAACUUGGAUGAUAUAAAGCUUACCUUGAAUCUAACAACAAAUAUCUUACAUCUUCUUGAGAAAGCCCCUGUUAUUAAAUAUAUAACAUCGGGAAAACUGAUUUCCAACCAUUCAGACUUCGAAGGCAACCUUAGAAUGACAAAUGGAGAGAUUGUGCUUACAAUUAUUCCGAAAAAGAUUGUUUUUGAAACCAGAAAAAUUGAUCUCGGAGUGGUCAUCGGCGGUAGCGUGGGCGGAUUUGUAUUUUUAAUCAUUAUUGGGAUUAUCUUAUGGAAGGUCGGAUUUUUUAAACGGAAAAAGAGACAACAGGUUGAUGAGUUCAAAAGGAGAACUGCUUUGUUGAAAAGACAAUCAAGAAUGUCUAAGAUAUCGCGAGUGGAUGGACCAGUUAAAGUAGCGGAUCAGUGAAAAAUAAUUUUACGAAAAGAUGUGGUGAAAGAUGAUUAAAUUCUUAUAUAGAUGUAUCGAAAGGAGUGUAUAUAUCGAAAGAUAAUUUUGCGAGUGAAGACGAAUCAUUUUUCAUAGCUAUGUUUUAUGAUAUUUUCUCUACGUGUGAUUUCCCUUAUUUUUAGAUUAUUUUUUUUAAAUUCAUAUAUG